GCAAGUAGACCCGGUUGGAGGAGGAAGAAGGCGGGAGGCAGCGGCUGGCUGGCUGGACGGACGGACGGACCCACGAACAGGUUGGCUGUUGCUUGUCGCCGGCGCCUGCCCAGCUCAGAGACACUGCCAUCGCCAUGAGCGAAACAGCCGACGCCCGCGACUACGUCUCCCGCCGGGAGAUCCCGCAGCUUUUUGAGAGCAUGUUAACGGGCCUCAUGUACUACCGGCCAGAAGACCCAGUCAGUUAUCUGGAGCACUGCUUGCAGAAGGUCCGGGAGUUGGGUGGACCCAAGAUGGUGCAAUGGGAUACUUUCAUCACUCAGGAACAACGGGCCAUGCACAGCAAUGGCAGCAGUGGGCAAGGCAAGAAAACCGUCUUCUACACAGGACUAGGCUUGGCACCAUACAACCAGUACCAGCACCUACCACCCAUUGAAAGCCAGUUCUCCAUUGAGAGUGACUCAGAUAUGACAGAAUUCACUGGCCUGAUCCAAGAAUAUGAUGUAUUUGUCCCUGGUCAACCUCGUCCUAAGAUCAUAUUUGUAAUAGGGGGCCCUGGGAGCGGGAAGGGGACUCAGAGCAAUAGGAUUGCCUCCCAUUUUGGAUUCACCUGCAUCUCUGUUGGUGAGAUCCUGCGCAAGCAGAUGAUUCAUCAUGCCAAUAGUGACCGAAAGUGGGAGCUGAUUGCCAAGAUCAUCGCCAAUGGGGAGCUGGCCCCACCGGAAACAACAAUCGAGGAGCUGAAGCAACAAUUUAUAAAGCAGCCAGAUGCGAAAGGCUUUGUGGUGGAUGGCUUUCCCCGAGACAUUGGCCAGGUGUUAACGUUUGAGGAGCAGAUCGGCUCCCCAGAUCUUGUCGUCUUCCUGGCCUGCCCCAGCCAGAAGCUCCGGCAGAGGCUAGAGAAGCGUGCCCAGGAGCAGGGCCGCCUAGACGACAAUCCCCAUGCCAUUGGGCGCAGGCUGGAGACAUUCAAGCAGAAUGUGCCACUGAUAGUGAAGUAUUACCAAGAAAAGGGAACCAUUGUCCGGUUUGCUGCAGACAGAGAGGAGGAGGAGAUUUUUGAAGACAUUGGCUCCUAUGUUCAGCAGCGGCUGCACCUGGAAAGGAUGGAGUUUCCAGAGUCUCCGCUGCUGGCGUCGUUGGACAAUCUGUUUAGCCCCAGCCAAGACUCUCCGAAGGAAGAACAGAACUGGGGGCAGGCAGAAGAACUCUUUGUCCCAGAAUUUUUCAGGAUGGCAGCUGAAAAAUUGAAAAACCACAAGAUCAUCUUUGUAGUUGGUGGGCCUGGCUCAGGAAAGGGGACACAGUGCGAGAGGAUUGUUCAGAAGUAUGGUUACACCCACCUAUCCACUGGCGACCUCCUGAGAGCAGAGGUCAGCUCUGGCUCAGACAGGGGGAAGAAACUGUCGGCCAUCAUGGAGAAGGGAGAGCUGGUCCCACUGGACACCGUCCUGGACAUGCUGAGGGACGCCAUGGUGGCCAAGGCAGACAGCUCCAAGGGUUACCUGAUUGAUGGCUACCCCCGGGAAGUGAAGCAAGGCGAGGAGUUUGAGAAGAAGAUCGCACCCCCAACAUUGCUGCUCUACGUGGACGCUGGCAAGGAAACAAUGGUGAAGCGCCUGCUGAAGCGCGGGGAGACGAGCGGACGAGUCGAUGACAACGAGGAGACAAUCAAGAAGAGGCUGGAGACGUACUACAAGGCCACGGAGCCUGUCAUUGCCUUCUAUGAGAAAAGGGGCAUUGUCCGUAAGCUUAAUGCCGAAGGCUCAGUGGACGACGUGUUCCAACAGGUCUGCACUCACCUGGAUGCCCUGAAGUAAAAUCGCAGGCAAGAGCACCUGUUGAUUCUCCACCCCCACCCUCCCCCUCCCCCACAGCUCCCUCCUCUCUCACUCUCUUCCCCACCACCAGUGAAUCUCCGUCCCUGAUGCCUCUCCCCCUUCCCACUCAAUCUUGCCUCAGAUCCAUGCAGAGGAGCCCCCUCUUUGCCUCCCCACGUGAGCCUCUCUAGUCCCCCUCCUCUCGCCUGCUUCAUCUCCGAUUUCAUCUCAGGGGUUGUGACAGCGGAAGUGGUGUUAUCCUGUUUUCGUGGACGGAGCCUCGUUGGAGGAAAUUUCAAGGACAUUAUGUUUGCCUCCCUAAACUUCUCUCCAAAGUAAAGUUCACUUUCAUGAGCUGAGAUGUUAUUUUUUUUUUAUCUUUUACCCCCUUCCCCCCUUCUUCUUCUUUAACAGGAAAAGCUCUCAUGUUAUGUUCAGAGGUUGAUUAAGGGCAGGAAACUGCAUGUUUAUCCCACUGCAGAGUAUCCAGAGAAGGAGAUCUUAUUUUCUCUGGAUGAGUGGCAUGUAAAAUGAGGCUGCAAAGGGGACGUUCUCUGAUCCUAGUAAUUCAGUGGAAUGUCAGAGAAAAGCUAAGGCUGGGUCAUGAUCUUUUAAAAACCCAGAGCCUGCUUUGAAAAUGCAGCUAGAGGUUUCACCAUACAAUGCAGGAUAACAGCACCUGUCUGUUGCAAAUAUAAACACAAAUAUUAGUCAAAAUAACUUGUCACAUGGAAGGUGGGACAUAAGAACUUAAAGUGCUUGGCUUGCAACAUGUGGCAGUGGAUGGUUAUAACAUGCUUUCUACCCAUUGUUUGAGAUAACCAUCUUUAGUGAAGACCAACACUUUAUAAUGCUCUGAAAUGAUUGGCUGAUGUUUCUCAUCAAUGGCAGGAGAGGUGCUGCUGAUAACUGGGAAUCUCUCUCCACCCUUUGAAAUGUAACUCAAUAAAUCACUUUGUAAAAAUGUGUAAUUAGGGGAAACUGCGUACAAAAUGUGUGUAUUGGGAUAAAUCUGCACUAAAAUGCUGAAGAUUUUUUGAUGGGGGCUUUAAUCUAAAAACUUGCAAACUGAUGUGAUGUGAAAAUGAAUUUGCAAUGUGGUAGAGGCAGGGAAUGAGAACCCAAGAGAACCAAAAGUGGCAGAUUUUCCCAUCCCUAUUUGGUUUACAGAUGCACCCUCUGAAUGCCGUAUUUCUGCUUCUACAAGGAAAGCUGCUCCACCCCAGGGCAAGAAACCCCUGUGGUUUUUCUGUGGUUACUUGAUAUCAGGGCUUUUUUUUCAGCCAGAACUUACCAGAACUCAGUUCCAGCACCUCUCAGAUGGGCACCAUUGCCAUUCUAAGAGAACAUGUUGAGUUCUGGCACCUCUUUUUCUAGAAAAAUAGCACUGCUUGUGCUAUAGCACGGCAAGGUGGCAUAGAGGAAGGGGGUGGGGUCAGAUACUUAAAGGACUUUUGCACAGGCCCAUGAUGAAAAUUGGCACAAAUUCCCCCAUACACACAUGUAUACGGAUAGACACUUCUGGGAAAUUAAGUUGGUUAGCUUGGUAACCUGCUACUCUAUGAGCAAAGCUUUUUUUUUUUUUUUAGUUUUAAAGGUGGGGAUGUGGACAGGGGACCCACUGCCUGGGGUUUGGGGACCCCUGGGCCAUCUCCUAUCAAUGCCCCUGCCCAGAAACACAACCAGAAAUAAGAGACCCAGUUUUUCAGUGGAUGAAAGGUGGUCUUUUUCCUCUAGCACAAUGGGAGGCUUUUAACGGCUUCGUGGGCUGCAAGUGAGAUCCUUGUGACCAAAUGCCCCUCAGUUCCCCACUCUCCAGACUGUAUACCUAGAAAGCAGCAUAUCAUGAGGGAAAACUUUGUUCUGUGUACAAUGGGGGUUGGCGGUCAAGCAGCAUUCCUUCAAGUAAGCCCCACCUAGACUCUGAAGUGGUAUAUCUCCAGUUGAAGACUGCUGGGCUUCUAAUAACAUAAUCACAGAAAAAUUAAGGGGAUCUUGUGUUACCCAUCCCAACAGAAAACUAAUUUGCAGUGAGAUUUCUUCCCUUGAAAGAAGGAGACAAACAGGCAUGUAAACUUUCAUUCUAGAGUGGGCUAUGAAAGGAGGUGGCUGGAGGCCAGGCAUCCCCUUGCCCCCAUUUCAUCCCUUACCACUUCAUUCCCUUAGCAGCCAUAAGCUACAGAUUGACAGCUUCUAUGUGCCUUUUUCUUUGGUCUGCUGAUGAAAAUAUUUUAGUAGGAGCCCAUCUCUGCCAGUCUCCCUUAUUUCUCUGUCUCUGUGGAUCGGGAAUGGGGGACUUGCUGGAGCCCAGCUCUCAUCAGCCCCAGGCAGCAAGGAUGAUGGGACUAGUAGUCCAGCAGUAUCUAGAGAGCCACAGGUUUCCUGUGUGAGCUGUAGGGAGACUUUGAAUCCAGAGUUCUUCAGCCUUGGGCCCCCAAUAUGGCUGGAUUGCAGCUCCCAUCUGCCCCAGCCAGCUUUCACCCAUGGUCAGGGAUUAUGGGAGUUGUAGUUCAACAACAUUUGGGGACCUAAGGUUGAAGAGCAUGGCUCUACGUCACAGGUGGAGCCUCUGGCCAUCUUUAUAUUACUGAACUACAACUUCCGAUAUCCCUGCCCAUUGGCCAUGAUGGCCUGGGCUGAUUGAGAGUUUGAGUCCAUCUGGAGGGUUGAAGGCCUCCCAUCCCCGCUCCCUAUGCUUUAGGGAGAGAGAGAUUUGGGAGUGGGGAGGGGUGGGACACAACUGAAGCCCGGGAUGGUGUACCUAAACUCGGGUGGGAUUUUGUAAUGUGAACACUGUGCCUCAUUUUCUUUCUCUCUGAUUACUGGAGCACUCCAAACUCACAGAUAGCAUUUCGCAUGCACCCUGAUGCGUUAUAACGGUAUCCAGUUCUUUUGUACAAUGAUUUCUAAUAUUUAUAUAAGUGGGGAGAGGGGGGAAGCCCCCCUGCAUCCCAUCCAAAGUCUUAAAGGCCCUCUGUCCACAGGCCUAAUGUCCGAAUGUAUUUAUCAUAUCAUUAUUAAAGAGUAAAAAACAUGGCAACCA